AUGCAUUCAGCGCAAGACGCAAAUGACGACGGUGGAUCGAGCGACUACGAGAAGAGAAAUGGAUCGGGGAGCGACGCCAUCGAAGAAAAAGACAUAGCCAUGCAUGCCAGAGAAGAAGAGCACCUGGCAGCAUCCGGCCCUGACAUGGACCCGACGAAACCAGGUCGUCGCAGUCAGAGCCGGCGCUCGCAAGACGGACGAAGCCUAAAGACCAUCAGAUCGCACCAUUCGAGAGCUGGAGGAGACGGCUACACCUGCCUGGACCCCGAAGCCAAUGCCGGCGGCGCAUCGCGAGCCAAACCGGGCGGCGCUGUAACAGAACAGCCGUAUCUAGUCACGUGGGACGGUGACGCCGACCCCGAGAACCCCAGGAGCAUGAGCAAGCUGCGGCGGUGGGCCAUUGUCUUGAUAUGCUCGGCCAGUUCGCUUUGCGUGACAUGCACGUCGUCGCUAUAUACGUCGACGUACAGGCAGCUGGAACCGCAGUUCGGGGCUUCUCGCCUCGUCUGCACACUGGGCCUGUCCAUGUUUGUAGCUGGGCUCGGCACAGGCCCCAUGGUGCUGAGUCCGCUGUCCGAGUUCUUUGGGAGACGCCCCAUUUACAUUGGCUCCUUCACCUUCUUCCUCAUCUGGACGAUCCCCUGCGCAGUGGCAAAAAACAUCCAGACCAUGCUGAUCGCGCGUUUCCUAGAUGGCUUGGCUGGCUCAGCCUUCCUCUCCGUAGCCGGGGGAACAGUGGGCGACAUGUUUGCGAAACACGAACUCUCAGCACCAAUGAUGGUGUAUACGGCGAGCCCCUUUGUCGGACCCGAAGUGGGCCCUUUGAUAGGUGGCUUUAUCAUGGAGCAUACUACGUGGAGAUGGUGUUUCUACUUGCUCAUCAUCUGGUCUGGAGUCCAGCUUGCCCUCAUUGUCUUCUUCGUCCCUGAGACGUAUCACCCUGUUCUUCUGCGCCGCAAGGCCAUUCGCCUGCGCAAAGAAACAGGCAACGAGGAAUGGAUAGCGCCGAUUGAGAAGCUCGACCGAUCCAUUACCAAAACAGUAAUGUGGUCGUGCAUCCGCCCGUUCCAGCUUCUGUUCUUCGAGCCUAUGUGCCUGAAUCUCUGCUUGUUAUCCGCCAUUCUCCUCGGUAUCUUGUACCUGUUCUUCGGCGCUUUCCCCCUCGUCUUCGGCAACAACCACGGCUUCACCCUCUCGCAGACUGGCCUUGCCUUCCUGGGCCUGCUGGUGGGCAUGCUCACGGGCGUGUCGUCAGAUCCCAUCUGGAGACGAGUGUACGGGAGACUUGUGCGACAGCGCGAGGAGCAAGGAGGCCAGGCCGGCGGCUCCGAACCAGAGUUUCGGCUCGCGUCGACCAUCGUAGGCGCCUGGGUCGUUCCUAUUGCACUGUUUGGGUUUGGCUGGACUACCUACUCAUCGUGUGAUUUGGGUGUAUUCAGGGGUCUUCACAUUCCUAGUCGAAGCUGUAAGUUUUUUCAUUUUUUUUUACCACCGCUGCCCGACAUCGGACCAGGCUCUUGGUACCCUGUAUAUGCUGCAUCGGCUCUGGCCGCCAACAGCUUUGCGCGGUCGUACUUUGCUGCGGCCUUCCCACUAUUUGGUGUUCAGAUGUACAACCGUCUCGGCUACCAGUGGGCAACAACGCUGCUUGCGUUCCUGGCCCUGGCCAUGGCACCGUUUCCCAUCCUGUUCUUUCGCUACGGCAAGCGUCUCAGGGCAGGCAGUCGGUAUGCAUCAGCAUAG